AUGCACACCGAACUCCGGGCGCACAGUCCGCUUCAGAGCGACGGGGAGAAAAGAGAGCACAAAAGAAUAGUUUGCCUUAACAUGAAGCUAUUUUGCUGCUAUUCGCUGUCUGGAGUUUGAAAUAGGACUAUACGACGCGUGCACAUCCACGGACCGACUAGUCUUAUGUUAUUUUAAUGCUACCGAUAGAGGUUUCGGAAGGAGUGUGUUUCACCUCAAGCGAACACGACGAAGGAAGGAGGGCCGGGAUGAAAACAGAGGAGACCCAAUCAUGUCUUCAGCAGCCUCCAGCCUCCACGCCAUUCGGUUCAGAACACAGGGGCGGAGGGGGCGAGGUGUGUGCGGGGUGUGAGUCGCCCAUUGCCGACCGCUUCCUGCUGCGUGUCAACGAGCGCUCGUGGCACGAGACCUGCGUCAAGUGUGCGGUGUGUCUGAGCGCACUCAAUGGGACAUGCUACUGCAGAGACCGUCUGCUCUAUUGCAAGCAUGACUACGAAAAGCUGUUUGUCAGGAAGUGCAGUGCGUGCCUGCAGGUGAUUGGCCGCUCAGAGCUGAUCAUGCGUGUGCUGGGGCAGGUGUACCACCUGGGCUGUUUCAGCUGCUGUGAGUGUGAGCGCCGGCUGCAGCGCGGGGACGAGUUUGUCCUGAAGGAGGGCCAGUUGCUCUGCAGAGGAGACUACGAGAAGGAGAGAGAGAUGCUGGCUGCCAUCAGCCCCACACCCACUGAGUCAGUGAAGAGUGAGGAUGAGGAUGGUGGGGGCGGUUCUGUAGGGGGGAAGGGCGGCGAAGGGAAGGACCACAAACGGUCAAAGCGACCACGCACCAUCUUGACCACACAGCAGCGCAGAGCUUUCAAGGCCUCCUUCGAGGUGUCCUCCAAACCUUGCAGAAAGGUGAGAGAGACACUGGCAGCUGAGACCGGGUUGACAGUUCGAGUCGUGCAGGUGUGGUUCCAAAACCAGAGAGCAAAGAUGAAGAAGAUAGCUCGCAGGCAGCAGCAACAGCAGCAGCAGCAGGAGCAGGAGCAGCUGGGAGGGUCCAGGAGAGGGCCGAGCAGGGGGGGCCGACAGAGCAACGAUGACAGUGAGGACGGUUCGAGUGGUCAUGGAUUGGACGGUCUGUUGGCGUACCCUUCGUUGCCACGACAGCAGCUACUGGCUCUGGACCCCAACAUCUACGGAGGAGAGCCGUUCCGCCAUGGCCUCACCCCUCCUCAGCUGGGCUCUGAACAUCUUCACUCCUACGAUUCAGAGACUGUGUUCCACGAUCUGGACAGCGACGGGAGCCUCAGUCACCUCGGCGACUGUCUUCUGGCAGCGGCAGACGGUGGGCUCCUGGCGGGGCGGGUGGGAAACCCCAUCGACCGCCUCUACUCCAUGCAGAACUCCUACUUCACAUCCUGACCCCUCACCCUUGACCCCUGACUCACUCCACCAAUCACCACUCAGAGAAGCAGCUAAUGACCGGUUAUCCUACAAGGCCCAGAAGGUCAUCACACCAACCAUGCUUGAGCUGGGUCCAUAUCCAUAUCUGACCGGGGUUAUUGUACCUUACCAAGUAAAGGCAUAAUAGUAAACACCUGGGUCAUAUUCAGUAGGGCGGAAAACGUUGGGAGUGAAACGGGGAGGAACUACCUUCAUUUGUCCACUAAGCACACAUUUUUCCAUACCAAACACGACCCAGGUAGCCAUUUAAGAUCUCAACUAUGACUUAGACCGUGUCCGAAGUCUGGCUUGCCCAUUACUUACUUAAACUGCAUACUGUGUACUAAUCGUAUGACAUACUAUUUCGAACGUUCGGUUUAGUACAAGCGUAUGCAGUAAGCAACAAACAUCAAAGUACUACUCAUCCAUACUGAGAAGGCGUCAUCGAAUGCGCCGUUCGCUCUUGAUCCACGCCAUUCUUACAUUUUUUUUUGCAGAGAGCAUCCCCUAUUCUGAUAAUCAGUUGUUGUUGAACACGCGGGUGUGAAAAGACGAUGAUCUUCCUCAAUAGUGCCCAGCGAAUUCUACUUAGAUGAAAAGCCAAAAUGACUAUGACAUCCGGGCAUUUAAAGUAUACUAGAUCUUCAAGAUUUCACAUACUAUAAAGGUUUUUUUUCACAUACUCAAACGGCCUACUAUUUAGGACGCAAGUAUGGGUAUUCGGACACGGCCGACACUCUGUUGCUUGAUCCCAACAUCCUCCCUGUAGCAGACAGAUGUGAAAUCCUAUUGACAACAUACUUGAUCAAAUACUCUCUCAUUUGUUUCAUAUAAUUGGUCCGUUGCUCCAGGCAAGCUUAAAUCACGGGCAGCUAAAGUAUUUCAAAGAAAAGAAAAUACUAUUUGAACCCAGGUCUGUCAGGUCUGUGUGUUUGUGAGUCAGAAACCUAUGUUACUUAUUAGGUUGCUAAUGAAUGGGGAGUGUUUCAUUCAUUAGCUCAGGAUCUGACCUGGUUGUUGUGCCCACACGGUUAGGGAGUCUUCUUGGCAGCAGGGUUAAGGAGCAGAGUGAAGACGCAUACCAGAGAGGUUACAGCAGGCUUGGGGCAGAGCUGCCUCCAGAACAUGAUUCAACCCAAAAAGCGUUGUAUUGGAGAUGGCCACUGGUUCAUAGCGUGGAUGGGGUCAAUUCAGUCAAAUCAAAAAGUGAAUGGGAGUUCAGCCUAAAUGAAUGACUGGAUUAAAGGUACUGGGUGGAUUUGGAGGAACAUUGGAGAGAUAGAUUUCAUAAGAGGUCGAGAUGAGUUGAAGGGUACAGAGUGGCACGCUCGAUUUGUUUGGGAAUGAGUGAAACAUGUGGGUUAGGUAACUUAGGUCUAGAGUUUGCUCUCAGGUUAGUGUGUCGGUUCGGGUUUUUAGCAAUGUUAUACGGGAAAGGAUUGACAAAUCCCUGUAACCCGAUUAGUUCACAUUAGUCAACAUAGUGAAAGGAGAUGUGUAGACCGUAGAUAACAUCAGGGUCCUAUAGAGUAGUGUUUCUCAAUCUUGGCCCUGGGGACCCAAAAGGGUGCACAUUGAAAAGAGAGCGAAAGAAGAAAGAAACCAUGUUAUGCCUGGUCUGCUUACCUUUCUGCAUGGUUCGGAGGACACCUCGAAGGAGGCCUUGAAAGCUCUGCGCUGCUGUGUGGUCAAGAUGGUGCGUUGUCAGGUGCGAAAGGCAAAAACAAAAAUGUACCCUCUUUUGGGUCCACAGGACCAGGAUUGAGAAACACCCCUAUAAAGUAGACUAACAGGGUCAUUCAGAUAACCUUAUAAAGGAAACAGGGUUGUGUAAAGUGUAACGCUUUCAUGUAGCUCUGGUUCAGGGUUUUAUGUGGGGUUUGCUUGGGAAUGGUCAGCAUCAGCAAGCCAUUCGUAACACCCGGGACCAGAGCUAGCGUUCGUGUAACUAUUUCUUUAAUACUGUGAAGUAUUCACUAAAAGGUGCAGGAGUUUGUCCUGGGCUGGAAAAACGCUAAGCCCUAAACGAAAAUGUAGAAGUUGAAUAUUAAUUGGUGUGUAAAACAUAAGUAAAAAGUAUGUUUAGGCCCAGGAGUUUUUCCUGUUCAGGUCACAUGGUCAGGAAAACUACUGGCCCUAGCGACGAUAAACAAGUAUGUGUUCCAAUGUAAAAUAAUUGUGUUAAUAUUAUUGUUGUUACAAUGAAUACUACAGUACUACUAUAGGUAUAAUCACUGUAAUUUAUCUUUGAUCGAAAACACCUUACAAUAGACGUUGUUCAAUAUUUUGUACUAUUAUGGUUAAGUAUUUAUGUUGUAGCAUGAGCUGUGUGUGCCACACUUUUAAAAUGUAAAUAAUUAUUACUAUGAACAUAGCACUGAUGACAGUAUUUUCCUAUAGCUUAUACCCACACUGGGACCAUCUUGUGGAGUCCACUUCCUAUAUGAUUUCUCAUAAUUGACUGAUGAUAUAUAUUUUUUACAGUAUAGUAUUUACGUGGAUAUAAUUUAUUGUGUGAUACAUUUCUCUGGAAGGUAUGAGAAAUUCUUAAUCUUAGAUUUUGUCUGAAAGAUAUUGUUCCAAGUUUUAUGUUCUGUGACCUCUUCCAUUGUGUGCUUUUUGAGUGUAAUGUCGCGUUUCGUCAAUAUAACCUGUCAAUUCAGA